AACACAAAACCAUUCAUAUUCUUCCCUAGGUACGUAUCCUAGGUAUAAUUUUAGGCUACCAUAGACGGAAAUUAGCCAUAUAAAAUACCAUACGACUUGAGUUGACGGAGCAGUCGGCAGCUGACGAAAAUCCAUGACGAAUCAGUGUUAAAAUAAAUGUCUCAUUCUGUAAAGCCAGUGAUAAUUUUCCGAAAUCCAGAAAUAAAUGUCACUGUAGUAUCAAAACAGGCAGAGCUCAAGAGUCUUGCUGCUCCUGCAUAUAACAUUUCUUGGAAACUAGACAAGAAAAGUUCCUGGUCUUAGAUCACAACCUGAUCAGAAGGAGGAAACCAAGGAAUGAUUUCGCUACGUUUAGCAAGUUUUGGGUGCGGUAAGAGAACAACACAUCUCUGAGGAUUGAACAAGACGGUUUAGGAUCUUAUUGUUUAUAUUGGAAUUAUUAUGUGAUAUACCAAAUGUUUUGAAGUGGAAUCUUGACUGGACUUUUACCAUGGCUGUUUUUGAGAAGAAGAAAUUUUCAAAAUUGACGCUUGAUGACACAACUCCAUUGACAUGUACCAUUGAAGCUGCACAGAACUUGGAAAGUCAUACUGACUAUGUGAUACGUGUUCAAAGGGGGCCUAACCCUGAAAACAGCUGGCAGAUCAACAGAAGAUACAGUGAUUUUGUGACCCUUCAUGAUGGGCUGAAAGUGAGUGGUAUGGAACUAGGUCUACCACCUAAGAAAGUCUUUGGUAACAUGGAAAGAGAGUUUAUAGCAGAGAGACAACAAGCAUUGCAGGCCUACUUAAACAGGUUGCUUUCACACCAGCUGUUAUUUUCAUGUUUUCUAGUCAAGAGGUUCCUAGAUCCUACUAAUUAUGCUCCAAAUGGUGUAGAGGAUGCAUUGCAGCACGUGUCAAUGUUUUUCCGCUCUGAGCCCCAUUGGGAUGUAGUCGAGCCGCUGAAAGACAUCGGCUGGAGGAUAAGGAAAACUUACUUUAUGGUUAGGCCUAAAAGUCAACCUAAAGUGAAGCAAGUCCUGGCAUGGAGUUACUACGGUCCAGACAAAUACCUCGACUACAAAGAUCUUGUGCCUAUCAUGAAACUCUUGCCAACCAUCCAACAUCCGUUCAUCUACCCCGUUACCUAUGUGUCUGCCAGUGACUCGGGUGGGUUAGCCAUACGCACAUUCCACGGCACAGGGACACUCAAAGAUUUUAUCUGUAAGGCCAAACCAAAGGCACAUUAUCUGAAAAAGUAUUGCUUGCCUAAAUCUCACAAUGCUUUCAAUAUUAUGAAUAUCAAGACGUAUGGUCGCAUGAUAUUGGAGGCAUUGAAGUUCCUCCAUGAGAAGGGUUUACCUUAUGGUCACCUACAUACAGGGAAUGUGAUGUUAGAAGGGAAUGCUUGUAGAUUACUUGAUAUUGAGAACACUCUUCUAGGACUGCCAUUUUUCUACAGAGGAUACCUCUCGCACUUCAGAAAAAUCAAUACGACUGAAGCAGUUGAUGUUUAUUCCUUUGGCCAUCUUCUAUACGAGAUGACUUUUGGAGUUCCUCUGAAUGUCCCUUCAAAAGAUGAUUUCCCCCACACGAUACCUCCCCCAAUCAAAUCUGUUUUGGAAUCCAUCCUUACAACAGAAGCUUGCAAGAGCAAGCUACCGACAGUUGAUGAUCUUCUUGCCGACCCUCUGUUUUCAGACAUCAGCUUUCCGGAGAGAGACAGACCACAGUUUAGAAUACCCAGUAAGCUGAAGGAGCCCCUCAAAGCUGCCAAAUCAGAGGUGGAGAAGAGACUGCAGGAAGACGCGAGAGUGGUAUCUUCCUUCCGACGGUUAUCCAAGGCUCAGGCCCAUCACAACUCAGACGAGGAAAAGCGAAGGAGAAAAAAGGCAAACUUAAAGAAACGGAUGUCGGAACAAAACGUUGGAGAAUCCAACAACUCUACGCAACCUGCACAAACUAAUGGAAACCAUGCUGGAAAUGGUUCCGUUCCCGCACCCCCACCAGUGCCAGCCGCACCUCCUCCUGAUGAAGAGCCAGACAAAAUCUAGGCAAGGACAGCACAUCAAUACAGUUAGUACCGAAUGCUCCACCUCCACCACCAGCAGCAAGUCCAGGUCCAGCUCCAGCUCCAGUGAGCUCCACUCAGGCACCUGAACGUGGAGCCCUCCUCAGCUCCAUCUCCGGUUUCAACAAGGGAGGAUUGAAGAGGGCGGAAACCAUCGACAAAAGCGGCCCCAGAGUGUAGAUAGAUCAAGUCAUCUGUAGAUGUUCCAAAGCCAAUCGAUAGUGUGGUUCAGUGACGCAUUUUUUUUUUUCAAUCAUGAAGGGCAGAAUCAAAAGUGACACAAGAGUAUACAGUUGUGCUCCAAAGUUAGUGAACCCCCACCACAAAAUGCACUCCUUAUUGCUGUGUGUCGAAUGUAGACAACAGCACUACAAUGUUUGUCAAUCCCAGAGAAACAAACUUGAUUUCAUGUAAUAUAUGAUCACCUGACUUCACAAUUGAUUAUCUAAAACAUGGCAGAACUUGAACACUUUAAAUAUGUUCAUUUACUGGUGGGGUUCACUAACUUCAGAGCACUACUGUAGACAGUUCAAUCAAACAUCUGUAUCGACAUUUCAAAGGGAUUUCUAGGUAUUUGCAGUUAGUCAUUAGGUAUUGUAGAGAUUGAUCAUGUGGUUUGUGUGACAUUUUUUUUUUAACUUGAAGAGCAGAAUUUGAAAAUAUGCUACCAGGGUAUACAUGUAGAGAGAUCAACAAAUCAUUUGUAGACAUUGCAAAGCUAAAUGAUAGGUUUGUGAAGUUGGUCAUUUGGAUAUUGCAGAGAUUGGCAAUGCUGGUCAAAGAGCUUUUUGAAACCAUUAUCAUCAUUUCUUUUUAUUCAGUAUCGAAGAUUAGAAAUGGAAAUACCACCAGUAUUGUCGUAAAUCUGUGAUGUCAUGUUUUUCAAGUAGGGGGGAUGAAACAAUGACUUCAAUUCUACAUUUAUCAGAGUGCAGUAGCUUUUCUUUUAAUUAAUUGAAAUGCUAUAAUUGAUUCUUAAGUGACGUGCCAAUUUGUGAUCGAAGGUUCAGCAAAACUAUUGACUUGAAAAUAGGCCAGGCAAGACAAGUUCUCAUGGUUUUAUCCACGUAUCAUGGAGCUGUUGUAUUCUGUAUAUGUCAUCACUGAUGUCAAGUUUGUCUUUCUUGUAUAGGCAUUAUAAUCAACUAAUCAGUAUAACAAUUAUUGUCUUUCUGAAUUAAGAGUGACACGUGAUAUGAUAUGUCACUCGAUAUAGUACAGUCAAGUUCAAAAUGCUAUCCGGACUAUCUGGACAUUUUAGCUGCAUUAUUAUCAUCAAUUUAUUCUUCAAUUGUUUGUCUAUACUAUGGCUCUUGCUCUUUCUCUCUCCUGCUAAUAUCAGCAGUGUGUCAAGGCUGCAUAGUAUUGUCACGUGGGAAGUGACUUUUUUUUAAUUAUUUAUCUACUGCUGCUUGACGCCAAAUAAAGAAUACGUAAAACUGAUAAAUACAGUUAGUAAAAGAUUUAAUCAAAGCUCUUAAAUCAUUAUGUGGUUUCCUUUGAUAUCUUUUACAAUGAUUUACAUGGAAAUAUACAUGGUUAUAACAAAAUAUAACUUAACUUAAACAAUAGUUGAAUAGAGCCCCGGUCAUCUGUUCUGGCUUGACAUGCCCCACUCGGCCCUGGUAGUCGGUCCAGUUCCUGGCCUCCGCAGCUUGCGAUGUCUCUUCCACUCUGCCUCGGCCUCCGCAGACAGUUACCCCCUGAUGAGUAGCCCUCAGAUCAGAGAUGUGGCUUCAACGAAUUAUUGGACGAGAUCGAGCCCCCAAUGAUGACAUGAAUUUUGACCAAUCAUGUCGGUGGAGAACCGGCGGCAGCUGGGGUCGUUAUCUCGUCACCGGCGUAGUCCCUCAGUUAUAACUUAGACUGCCUAUACGAACAUAUGUAGUCUAUUCUAGCUUAGGUGGUUCUCCCUGAAUUACCGAAAUUAACCUCCUAAUAUACCCUACCGUUACUAGGACUAACUGUAAGAUUUCUAAAAAGUAAUCCAAAGAAUUUCGAUAACAGAUGAGUGCAUAAAACACAUUCUUAUUAAUAAAAGACACUUCCUGUGUAUCUAUACAUCUACACUCAUCAAUGCUAGAUCACUUUUGGUUAUUUACAACACCUGUAUGAAAAUGCUUCUCCUAAAGAAAUAUUUCGAACACCUGUAUAAAAUAUGACAUAAACCUGGUACACUUGUACUCUAAAGGGGGGGGGGGGGGGGGUAUCAAGCGUUUCCAAUGCUUGCUUUCAAAGUAUCCAAAACAUAUCAACAUGCUUGGACCAAAUAACUAUUUUAAACACAUGUUUAAAAUCUGUAAUUAAAUUUCUAUCCUGACAAUAUCCCCCACCUUAAGAUAAAAUUAAGGGAACCUGAAUUAUAUCCAUUAAAGAAAUUUAUAACAGAGUCUCCUUUAACAAGGUAUUACUCAAAUCUCUAUCAUAAUGAAAAAGUUAACUAUCCAUAUUAUUACGAAUAGUUCAUUAUCUACAUUCAGUGAUACAUAUAAAGAUAUAUAAACAUCCAAAUAUACAUGUCAAGAGCUUAUUCCAAAUAAGCCAUCUGUAUUAAAGUUUUAAAACAUAUCGUCUUUUAAAGAUAACAGUCCAAAUGUCAAUGUGUUUUGCAAAAGCUGUUUUGAAUUAAUUUCUACAAUCAAUUUAAAACUUGUUUAAGAUAAAAUAAAGAGAAUUAUCAAAUUCAGUAAACUUCUUGAUUUUUUUUUUUUUUAAGUACAGUGCUUAAAAACUGCAUGCUUUUAAACCAAAAUCAUUAAACUGUCUUAAAAUUGUAUUUUCUUAACAAAGUGAAAUGAUUUUUAUAUUGUGGUUUAAAAUUCUACAUCACAGAAAUUUUACAUCUUUUACAACUUUUAAACAUUGCUUUGCUAAAUCAAAAUCAGUCUUUUUCCAAAAUAAGUAAAUCACUUUUUUUUUUUAGAUUUGAAAAUUCAAAAAUGACAUUUCAUAUAUAAAAACAAGAUGUCUCAUAUCUGAGAGACAAUAUCUUUGACACAGGUAUGUAUAUAUAUGACAUGCAAGAUACGAGUUUUACUUUUCAUUCAAAUCCUGACUAGUUAAAGUACAAUUUUUUUUUUUUUAAUGUAAUGUUACAAUUCAGUGUAUAAUUUAGAACACUUCUGAAUCUGCAAGAAAGCAGCGUACAAUUUCGCAAACUGUCAAUUCAAAUUUUAACUUUAUAUUCAACAUUAUUUCGAUGAAUGAAUGAGACGUAUUUCCUUUUUUUAAGUGAUUUAUAUAUAGUCGAAACAUUUCACAAUUGAAUAGUGUCAUUAAAAUGACUGAGUUUUUCCUUUUAGAGCAAUUAACAAAUGGCUCAUUAUUUCAAUUUUACAAAAUAAACAAGAUUCUUUUUUCUUAAAACUACAAUUACAAUCUUAAA